AUGACGACUAAACUACGAGUCGUGUUUGAUGCAUCUUCAAAGACGACAAAUGGAAUAGCAUUAAAUGACAAAUUGAUGCCCGGACCGAAUUUACAAGCAGAUUUACAGAGAAUACUAAUCCGAUUCCGAACACAUGAGUUUGUCAUCACAGCAGAUGUGGCGUUCAUGUUUAGACAGGUUUUAAUAAAUCCCCGAGAUCGAAACUUACAGUUGAUUCUAUGGCGCAAUGAAGUAACACAACCUCGUCAAUUAUACCAGCUUGAUACUAUAACGUAUGGAACGGCGUGCGCACCGUUUUUGGCGAUGCGAUGUCUCAAGGAAUUAGCUAAGAUUUAUCAACAAGAAUUUCCAUUAGUGGCAAGAGCGGUGGAACAGGACUUCUACAUGGAUGAUGUUUUGACCGGCGGGUCCACACUUGAGGACGUUAUGACAUUACAAAAGCAGCUGACGGAGAUGUUGGCUCGUGGAAAAUUCCCUCUACGGAAAUGGCGAGCAAACCAUCCAAGUAUAUUGAAGCAUCUGUCAGAACAUAGUACGACAAGCGACUUGCUUGUGAUAGAUAAGGAUCAGCCAAUCAAAACGUUGGGACUUCUGUGGAAUGCGACCACGAAUGUUCUUCAAUAUCGUAUUACGUUGGACGAAAACAAGUCAAACACUAAAAGGAGUAUGUUAUCAAAGAUAGCACAAAGACAAGCAAUAGAAUGGGAUCAAGAGCUCCCAAUCAAUUUAAGGAUAUCGUGGGGAAAGUAUUAUACUUUGCUUACGAGGCUAAAUGACGUGCGAGUCAAAAGAAAUAUCAACAUCAAAAAUAGUUCAUCAACUUUCGAUUUAUAUGGAUUUGGCUACGCGUCGGAAGCGGCUUAUGGAGCUUGUCUAUAUGCAGUUAGUACGGAUCAGCAUGGAAUACGUCAGUCGGAAUUAAUCUGUGCAAGGACAAAGGUAGCACCAUUGAAGACGAUAUCGCUGCCAAGGCUUGAGCUAGAAGCUGCUCUCAUGUUAGCAAGAUUAUUCGACACAGUUAAGAAAUCGUGUCGUAACAAAAUCAACAAGGUUAAACUGUGGAGCGACAGCACAGUGACGCUAGGGUGA